CCCGUGCCGCCCAGCAUGGCGCACCUCCUGGGCCACCCGGGCUGCAUGGAGAGCCUGCGGGCCGACCUGCGGGACGUGCAGGCCGCCAUCGCCGACGUGUCCUCCCGGGCCGGCGCCGUGCGAGUCCCCUCCUGGAAGUUCCCGGAUCAGGUGUCCUGUGAGCUGGACGUGGCGGCGCUGCUGGAGCGGUACCGGUACAGCCCCGGCGACCCCGAGGUCAGCCAGCAUGGCCACGUGAUGCUGCUGGAGCUGCUCAUCGACAGGCUGCUGCUGCUGCUCCAGACCUUCACAGGUUAUGCAGAGGAGCUGCUGAGCGACCGAGCAGUGCCACCGGCGCGGGCCCUGGCCCCUGGCAUGUCUGCAGGGCUGACCGUGAGGAGGUACUGGUGCUGCAUGCUCAAACUGGGAGCCUUCUACCAGCAGCUUCUGGCCGAGAAGGCUUCCAGGAAGAAGAGCCCUGUACUGCCCUCCAGUCCCCGGGCUGGGACCCCUGAGAAGGAGCCCUCGAAACACUGCCUGCCCAAUGUUCUGGAGCCAAGAUCAUCCCGAAACAUUGCCCCAUCCACUUCCCUGUGCCUGCCAUCCGGUGUGCUCACACCAGCCAGUGGUGCCUCGGGCAGUUCCCCGCCCAGGGCUGCCAACAGCGUCCCCAUGCAGCCACCUGGGACAACCCCAGGACCCUGUGCCACCUGCACCAGCGUCCAGGGCUGCCUCCAUGAGGUGGGCAAAGCCAUCACCAGCAUCUGCCAGAGCCAGAACAUUCCCUCGGCCCUCAGCAGGUUCCAGGAGGUGGUGGGGGACACGGCAGGGAGAAGGACCCUCUCUGCCACGGAUGUGAGCUACUGGGCCUCCGAGCAGAGCAAGGACCUGUCCCGGAUCAGCAAACACCUCCAGAUGCUGCUGCAGCAGGUCCAGCCGCUGCGGGCUGAGCUGCACGAGUCGGAGAAGCAGAAGGAGAAGCUGCAGAGGCAGGUUGAGGACAUGGCCUGGCUGCUGCAGGUAGAGAAGGACACCCAUGUGCAGCAGCAGCAGGAGGCUCAGCAGAGCCUGGAAGCAAAGAACAAAGAGCAUUUAGAGGCUGUAGGGAGGCUGGAGCGGGCCAAGGAUGACCUACAGAGAGGAGCGGCUCUGCUGGAGGAGCAAGUCUCCACCCUGAAGGAGGAGCUGGCUGGGAAGCAGGCAGCCCUGCAGGAGCUGGAGACCGCCAAGGCCACCCUGCUGGAGGAGAUGAGCACAAUGGUGGCCAAGAGCCAGGUGCUGGCGCUGGAGGAGAAGGUGCAGCUGCUCAGCAGGCAGCAGGAGAGCCUGGGCCAGGAGCUGAGCACCACCACCAUACAGCUGCAGAAGGAGAAGGCCAAAGUGGAGAGCAUGGAGAGGCACCAGGAGUCCCUGCAGGCCAAGCAGAGGACGCUGCUGCAGCAGUUCGACAGCCUGGACCAGGAGCGGGAGGAGCUGCAGCUCAGCCUGGGGGAGGCCGAGGAGGACAAGGCCCGGCUGCAGGAGCAGCUCCAGGAGAGCCAGAACCAGGAGCAGCACAGGCAGCAGCAGGAGCUGCUGGACGCGCUGCAGCAGGAGAAGCUGGGCCUGGAACGGGCUGUCUCGGAGCUGCAGGAGAACGUGGCCAAGCUGCAGGAGCGGGAGCGCCUCCUGGUCUUCUUCCCUGAGCUCCACGUCCCCACUGAGGCACAGUUUGAGAGCACCGGGAGCUGGACCGAGGACAUGAGGAGGCAGCUCGAGGCCAACAGCAUCCGGAUCGGGGUGCUGGAGCAGGAGAACGCACGGCUCAGCGCUGCGCUGGGCAAGGUGAAGGAGGCUGCCCAGGAGGGAGUGCUGAAGCUCAUCCCGCAGAGCCAGCUGUGGUCCCAGCUCAGCCAGGACAGCAGGGACACUGUCAGGCAGGACAAGGGGCCACCGAGCAGCCGGGACAGCGCAGGGACACAGGGACGCACAGGAACAAAGGGAUGCACAGGCAACAAGAGGCAGCGAACACCCAGCAGACAGAGGGCAAAGCCACCCUGGGCAGAACCCAUGGGCAAGGCCGGAUGCUGUCCCUUGCCUGUGGCUGAGGGCCUGGUGCUGAGCCCCAUUGAGCCCCAAGGCAGAGCCCGUCCCCUGUCCUCUCCCCACACUGGUGGCCACCACCAUUGAAUAAAUGCUUCUGAGACUCACACAGAA